GAGGCUUUUGGAGGGAAAUUUUUGAUUUUUUGAAGUUUAAACUCACUUUUCUGAUUUUCGUUGUCGCUUUCUCUCUCUCUUUGGCCCAAAUAAGCAAGUUCAUUUCUCUGCCUCUCUCUCCUAUGUUCUUGUAAGAUACUUAUAUAGAAAAUGAGAUAUUAAAUUUAGAUUCAUGCCAUAAUCAGAGAGAUCUGAUUUUCUCUGAAGAUUUUGAAAACUUAGAAGAACUUUCUUUUUAAAACUUCAAGUCAUAGCUCAUAGUUUUUAGAUUUGUGGUUGUGUGCAUGCAAGAGCUGAAACAAAUCAUCUAGGUUUAGAAAUUAGUAGAAUCUAGAUGUCUUGUCCUGAAAAAACGACGGUGGAUCCACUUCUGAGAGAUUUGGAUGAGAAGAAAGAGAGUUUCCGGCGAAACGUGGUGUCUUUGGCGGCGGAGCUGAAGCAAGUGAGGGGCCGUUUGGUUAUUCAAGAACAAUCCUUUCUUAAAGAAACCAUAACUAGAAAAGAAGCAGAGAAAAGGGGAAAGAAUAUGGAAAUGGAGAUGUGUAAAUUGCAGAAGAGAUUGGAAGAAAGGAAUUGUCAGCUUGAAGCUUCUGCAUCUGCUGCUGAUAAGUUUAUCAAAGAGUUGGAGGAAUUUAGAUCAAAGCUUGAUGCAACCAAGCAAACCGCAGAGGCAAGUGCUGAUUCUGCUCAAUCUACACAGAUCCAAUGCUCACUGCUAAAGAAACAACUUGACGACAAAACACGUUCUCUUAGAGAACACGAAGACCGUGUGACUCAGCUCGGUCAUCAGCUUGAUGAUCUACAGAGAGGUCUGAGCCUGAGAGAGUGCUCAGAAAAGCAGCUCAGAGAAGAAGUUAAGAGAAUCGAGCGGGAGAUAACAGAGUCCAUUACGAAAGCUGGGAUAGAUGGCAUGGACUGCGAGCUCCAGAAACUUCUAGAAGAUGUCUCUCCAAUGAAAUUUGAGAGGAUGAAUAGGCUAGUUGAAGUAAAAGACGAAGAGAUUACAAAACUGAAAGAUGAGAUAAGGUUAAUGUCUGGUCACUGGAAACACAAGACUAAGGAACUCGAAUCUCAGCUGGAGAAACAGAGAAGAACUGAUCAAGAUUUGAAGAAGAAGGUACUGAAACUAGAGUUCUGUCUACAAGAAGCUAGAAGCCAGACAAGAAAGCUGCAGAGGAAAGGGGAAAGAAGGGACAUGGAGAUCAAAGAGAUAAGAGAUCUGAUAUCGGACAAACAACAGCUUAACAAUGAGUCUUGGGAUAAACAGAAGUUCUGGGACAAUUCAGGGUUCAAGAUCGUUGUGUCAAUGUCUAUGUUGAUGUUAGUGGUAGUCUCCAAGAGAUGACUCUUUGUGUUUUUUUUUUUUUUUUUGUGUAUUGUAUAAAUUUAGUUGCAGAUAGUGACGAUAAUCUAACUCAUUUAUUAAUAGUUGGUAGGUAGGUGUAUUUGUAGUCUCUUCUAGAAAACAGCUUCCAUUACAUAACUGCCAUGUCCUUGGGUACACAACCGUUAAGUUAUAUC